CGCAGUGUGUGGAUCUCCCUUCCCGCAGGCGCGGCUGCUGCGCGGCGCGCUCGGUCCGCCAUGGGGGGCUCCCACGCCCCCAGCACCGUCACGGCCAAGCCCGGUUCUCUGGCGGCGGGCGGGAGCGGCGGCGCUUCGCUGUCAUCUGUCGGGCCAGGCUACAGCGGCUGCAAGAACGGGGCCCUGAUGGACAGCUUCGGCAUCUUCCUGCAAGGGCUGCUCGGGGUGGUGGCCUUCAGCACUCUCAUGCUGAAACGCUUCAGAGAACCAAAGCAUGAAAGACGGCCUUGGAGGGUAUGGUUUUUGGAUACUUCAAAACAAGCCAUAGGGAUGUUGUUCAUCCACUUUGCCAAUGUGUAUUUAUCAGACCUUACUGGAGAGGACCCUUGUUCGCUGUACCUCAUCAAUUUUCUGUUAGAUGCCACCUUAGGAAUGCUGCUAAUUUACGCUGGUGUGCGGGCAGUAAGCAGCAUUGUUGAAUGGCGGCAAUGGGAGUCUCUUCACUUCGGUGAAUAUGGUGACCCGCUGCAGUGCAGUGCUUGGGUUGGCCAGUGUGCAUUAUACAUAGUGAUCAUGAUGUUUGAGAAAACAAUCAUCAUUAUAGUCCUCCUAAUACCUCAGUGGAAAGAGGUCGCUUUGUUGAAUCCUAUAGAGAACCCUGAUUUGGAACUGGCUAUUGUCAUGCUGAUAGUCCCCUUCUUUGUUAAUGCAUUAAUGCUCUGGGUAGUUGAUAAUUUCCUGAUGAAAAAAGGGAAGACGAAAGCUAAGCUUGAAGAGAAAGAAGCAGGACUCGAUUCAAGGAAUGGAAGCAAAGUUCGGUACAGGAGAGCAGCCUCACAUGAGGAGUCUGAAUCAGAGAUCCUAAUUUCAGCAGAUGAUGAAAUGGAAGAGUCCGAUGUUGAAGAAGAUCAUCGAAGACUUACUAUUUUAAAGUCUGUUAAGAAAAAAAAGCAUCGAUUUGGUCUGCCUGCAGGGGGCCAAGGCACUCCUGUCAAAAAGAAGCGCCCUCCAGUGAAAGAAGAAGACCUCAGAGGGGCUAAGGGAAAGCUCUCUGGUAACCAGGAAAUCAAAUCCAAAACUUACCAGGUCAUGAAGCAGUGUGAGCAAGCUGGCACGGCAGCACCAUCCGUAUUCAGUCGAGAUCGCACUGGAGGGGAGACAGUCUUUGAUAAGCCUAAAGAGGAGCCUGCAAAGAGUGUCUUUGGCUGACUGCCGAGUUCGAGUUCUUAUGGAGCUGAAUAGUUUUCAUGUAGUAUACUUAACCCUUUGUUUUGCUUUCACGUGCAACAGUCUUAUUAUAGCACUGUUAACUUAAUUGUUUUAAUACUUAACAAGAAAGGUUGUAUUACAAAAUAAGCUUCUUUUUACAUGUUGUUUGUGUGAGGGGUUCUCUCCUACUACCCCCUCCCUCCCUGCUAGCUGUGCUACAAAUGAUUGAAAUUGGGCAGUAUGCCCUGGGUGCAAACUAUCACAGUAAUGACCAAUUUUAUUGCAUGCUUAUUUAUGUUGCAAACCUGUACCUGAAUUUUAGUUGUGAUCUUAUUAUUGCUCUGCAAAACCAAUAAAAUGUGGUGGAUUUCA